CUGCAUUGUGAUUGGCUCAAAAAUCUACUUCUGCUCUGGAGCUGUCGGUCAAGUCUAACCGAGUGCGGCAGAAGCUUCAAGUCAACAAGAUGAAGACGCUGCUGGUCUUUCUCGUCCUCUUACUCCGUUGUGGCGACGCCGCGGCAGACGUCAUCCACACAGACAUCCAAAUGACUGGCUGCUCUGAGACGGAAGGAGCAGCGUACUUCUCUCUGGACGACGAGGACAUAUGGGUUGCCGAUUUCACCGCCAACAGGGUUGUGGAUACACAGCCCAGCUUUGUGGAUCACGUCACCUAUGGCAAAGAUACGUUUCAGUGGGCAAUGCAGAAUCUAAUCAUAUGCAGAAGAAACCUCAACGUAACUCAGAAAGCAUUGAAGGAUCAGCCACUAGAAUCUGAUCCUCCCUCCCAUCCCAUCGUCUACCCGAAAGACAAUGUGGCUCUCGGAGAGAAGAACUCACUUGUAUGCCACGUGAGCGGCUUCUUUCCGGCGCCUGUCAAAGUUCACUGGACCAAGAAUGGAGAGCGAGUGGCGGGCGCAGUGAGCCGCGCCACCAGCGCCUUUCCCGAUAAGGAUGGCUCCUUCCACCAGACCUUCCAACUGGAUUUCACUCCCGCGCAAGACGACAUCUACUCGUGCGUGGUGGAACAUCCGGCCCUGGAGCGUCCACGCAACAGCUUCUGGACGGUGAAGGUGAACCAGCCGGGUAUCGGAGCCACCGUCUUCUGUGCACUGGGGCUGACUGUGGGACUUGUGGGCGUGGCCACCGGAACCUUCUUCCUCAUCAAAGGAAACAAAUGCAACUGAUUGUCUGACGCCCAUUAUGUCUUCACUUUUUUUUGUCCUGAUUGAAUAAAAAAUA